AUGCUUUUCCUGUUUUAUGCAGUGCUCACGUUCAAUUUUGCAUUUUGCACAGAAAAUAAUUUUGAGGUAAAAACUGUGACUGCUGGACAAAAUGUGAACCUAAGCUGUCCUAUCGAGUCCUCCGCUCUCUACCAAGACACUCUGUACUGGAUCCGACUGGUUUCUGGAAACUGGCCAGAAUUUCUUGGAGCAACAUUUAACUUUGGGUAUAAUGAAGAGUCAAAGAUUCCUCGAAUUCAGACCAAACAAGAGGAAGGAGAAUUUCUUCUUCUUAUUAAUGAAGCUCAGCGAAACGACACUGGGCUUUACUACUGUGUCAAAGUCAGACAGCUUGACUUUAUAUUUAUGAAUGGAACAUUUCUACAAAUUAGAGGAGAGGAAUCAGAUGUAACUGUUUUUCUGGAUGAUUCUCCAUCUGGUGCCAUCCAGUCAGAGACCCGACAGACUCUGCAGUGUUCAGUUCUCUCUUACUCUGAGAGGAAAACAUGUCCACCAGAUAACAGGGUGUACUGGUACAAAGCUGGAUCAAAUCAUUCUCAUCCCAAUUUACUUUAUUUACAAGAAAACAGUGGAGAUGAGUGUGAAAGGAUUCCUGAAACUCCUUCUGCACAAAAAUGUUUCUACAACUUUUCGGAUACGUCUGAUGCUGGGAUCUAUAGCUGCGCUGUGGCUGCAUGUGGACAGAUAUUAUUUGGAAAUGGAGCAAAACGUUUUGGUUCCAACUCAGAGAAGUUUUACAAAAUAUUUCUCCCUUUAUUGUGUUCGGCUUUGGUUAUAUGUCUUGCUGUAAUAUCUUGGCUCAUUUAUAAAAUCAAGAAGAAAAAGUGUGGCUGUUGCAAAGGUCCAGCAACAAGUACUGGCGAUCACCAAAGUAAACAGAGAGAAGAGAAUUUGGUAUAUUCUGCACCAACAUUUAACAAGAACAAAGCUAAAAAAGCUGAAAGAAGGACUGUGAAAACGGCUCAAGAGGAGACGGUCUACACUGAUGUCAAAACAUUUCAAUAGAUUUACUUUAGUCUGAAGUGAUGAAUUAGUUGUUGCUUCUCAUUCGUAAGACCAGAAACACAGAUAUACUUUUAUUUAAGUGUUAUCCCUAGUUUAAAGCAAGUGUGUUGGCCUAAUUUUAGCUUAGGUUUAACACACACGCACUUGCAUGCACGUGCCCACACACAUACACACACACACACAUAUAAUUUUGUCAUUGCCUUUAGAAGAAAAAAUUUUUUUUUUCUUUUUUAAAUUGUUUUCUCUUAUUUCUGUUUCUCUUUUUUUGUUUCUGCAAUGUAUGGUUUUCAGCAGAUGCCCCUUAUAAAAAAAUCUAGGUGAUGUCUUAACAUAAA